AUGCAUCCCUCGCCCCUCCAGCGGACCCUCCUAGUAGUGCUUCUCAUAAAGUUCCUUUCCCACGCCCUGCGAAAUUAUAAGAAGGUGAAAGUGAGGCCAUAUAUCCAGGUAUGGCUAAAGAGGGAACACCCCAGGUAUUCUAUCCGACGGGAAAAGAAAAAGGCGAGAUGUUUUUCCCCUGGGAGGAAGACGAAAUGGUGCAGCUCCUUCGAGUUGUUCAGCGAGCAUGUGAAGGGUAGGGAUGGGAAUCGCGGCGAUGACGACGAGGAGGAGGAAAACCUGGAGAGUGGCAACCCCAACGAUGGCGACCUGCUGGAUGAUGAAAUUUCAUACGACGACGUUGAAGAAUACCUAAAGAAGAACAAUUUUGAAGAUGCCCGCCAAGACGAUGAGGGGAAAAAGGAAAUUAUUAAAUUGAUUAACUACCUCCCGACCCUAAAAAAUGAAGAAGAAUUUUUUUCUAAGUUUGGCUACUCCAGUAGCGAGAAAAGGUCCAUGGAGUAUUACUUUAAUGAAAUGAAAGAUCUGAAGGAGAGGAAGCAGAAGAAGAACCACAACAUUUUAAAUUUUAUUCUGUCCUAUUAUUUGAAAAGAAAAAAUGCGAAUGGGCAGAGUUCCUUGAGGAAUUACCAAAGUGUGCAGUCUUAUUACGACUACAUUAAUGACGUGAUGCACAACCGAGGUGCCUCUCUCUCUGUGGCGAGCGCCCAGCCCCCCAAAAAGGACAACAUCUUCUCGCGGAAGACGCUGUGCAAUUUUAUCUCCUUCUACCUGAAAAACGCAAACAUCAUAAAGUACGCCUCCUUUCUCUGCCUUAGCGGAUUGCUGACGUUCUCCUUGAAGGCACUCAUAAGGCGCAUCAAGCUGGAGGAUAUCUUCCUCUUAAGAAACCAUUUUCACUUGGUGUACGCACUAAAAAAUGUGCAUGUGUGUAAAGUAGCAGUCUUUUCCUUCCUAAUGAAUUUUUUAUUCAUAAAUAAGUACAAUCAAUAUUUCUGCGUGACGGAAGAUUUGUUCGGAAUAUUAUUUUCCAAUUAUUUUGCCUACGAAGGGAUACAUAAUCUGACCAAAAGGAAGAUCGAGGAAUUCAUGCUCAAGUACAACUACACACUGGAUGAUGUUUUAAAUUCCAUGAAUGAGAUCUUUUCACACUACUUGUAUAGACAAAUAUGCACAAAUGAAACGAUGGAUGGAGACGUCCUUGUUGUGUUGAAAUCCUUUGUGAGUCUCUACCAGAAGCUGUUUCGAAGCAACAAGGAAAAUAUAAAAAAUAUUAUGAGCCUCGUGGCAAACAAGUACAAUGCGCACUUUGCCGAGAAGGGAGAAAAUAGGGACUCCGUCCUCUCGCGAAUUUUUUACAUUUUUUACUUGCUGAAUCUUAUGUUUAAAUAUGACGUGGACUCUGUCGAGAGGCUGAAUCUCCACCGUGGGAACAGUCUGCACAUUCCCUUCUUCGCGCGGAGCAACCGGAUCUCUAGCUACUUCCUCCUGACUCACAUCGCGCAUCAGAUGGGGGUCAAAGAAAAAACGAUCAACGAAAGCUUGCUCGAAACGAUGAAGGGAAACUACGAGGCGCACAUCCGGGGGCUCCUCACUAACAAGCAGAACUCCAGUAGUGUCCUGGAAGACAUGAAAAAAAUGGACUUCCUGACGUUGGAUGAUGCCAUUCUGGAGGACGUACACAAUGAAAUUUUCGUUAGCAUCGUUAAAGGGAUCAUGGAACAUGAGAAUUACGAACCUGUUUAUUUUGUUCCUCGUGAGAGGGAAGGAGAACUUCAUGCGACUGCGAUAGGAAGUGCGCAUGGCAAGGUGGGUGGGAAGUCCAUAGGUGAGGGGGGCGACAAUUUGGGAGGAGAAGAUAGUGUCGCCCACCAGUAUGAUGAUGAGGCGGAGCAGUAUGAUGAUGCAGCGGAGCAGUAUGAUGAUGCAGCGGAGCAGUAUGGUGAUGCAGCGGAGCAGUAUGGUGAUGCAGCGGAGCAGUAUGGUGAUGCAGCGGAGCAGUAUGGUGAUGCGGCGGACCUGGAUGAUGACGCUGCGGAGGAAGAUCCCGCCAUAGACGAGUCGGACGACAACAUGUACAGACACCUGGAGAACAGCGUGGACUACAUCGUGAACGAGGACGCGGGCAAAUCGGGGGAAAAUCACGACAACAGAGGUAUCAUUGCGGAGAGGGAAAAAAGGGAUCUGGAGGAAAAGAAACUGUUCCUGAACAAAUGGAAUGACAUCAAUUUUUUGAGGAAAUAUUUACAUAUGGACAAAAAAUACAUGGACAAAUAUCUGGAAAGAUACCUCUACGAUUAUAUCUACAGAGAGUACAAAAUUUUUAUUAACAAUUUAAUUUUUAAAAAAAUGAAAGACAAAAAUGAUCAUUUGUUUUUUUUGAAAAAAGGAAUAUCCAUAUCGGAUAGCGCAACGGAAAAUAUCAUCAAAAAUAUUUUGCUCAAGUUUGUAAUUAAGACCAAGGAAAACAUUGCAAUUUUUUUGAAGCUGGAAAAUAUGGAAAAGUGUCUACGGCUUAUACAAAAUUUGAUCUAUGUGUAUAAAAAGAUAAAGAAGAAAAAAAAAUUCUUGAGGAUUCCAAGCGACGAUAUUUUUAGCCUCGACGAUCUGUUCGCGUGUAACUCUUAUAGGGCGCUAGGCGGGACCGACAAGGAGGGGGGAGCGGAGGCAGGAAUACCUGGGGAGCAGAAAGGAUCAGAUGCGUAUGGAUCAUCCCCUGACGAACUAUCUCCUAACGGAUUAUUUCCUGACGAAUUAGCUGCUAACGGAUUAUCUCCGGAAGGACCAGCGGAGGAAAGCCUUCCCGCCGAAAUGGAUGAGGAAGAGUUGCUCAAAAGGAUCAUCUACAAAGAUCACCUUGGGGGAGAAGACGGAGGAGAUGGAAAGGACGGCAUACUCCCCCAAGAGGAGCGAAAAAAAUUGUACGAAGAAUUUGUAAUAAAACACAUGAAGAACCAGUCAGAAAGAAAAAUCUUGAAAAUAAUUUUUAAUUUAAAUUACGACCAGGUGGACAGAGAGGUGGAAGAUAACAUCAUCAAACGGUUCUUAGACAAAAUCUGCACGAAGUGUUUAAGCAGCAUGAAAGAAGUGGAUGAUAGGUACAAAAUUAUAGGACAGGAAAAUCUGUUCGAUUAUAAGAAUAUCAAUUUUAUGGAGUCCCUGGAGAGGGAGAAAUCCAAAAGGGGCCACAAAAAAGGGGGGGAACGAAGCGUACCUACGAAGGACACUUUCAUCAUUCGAAAGGAAGACAUUUUCGAGCACAUCGAUGACGACUCAUUUGAAGAAAUUUGCAAAAAAAUGUACAUAAAUAAAAUUAAAGAAGCAAAAAAAAACCUAUACCACAUGAGAAAAGAUUUAUAUAUGUAUGAAAUUAUACUGAACAUAAAAAACGCGCAAGAAAUACACGAUGUUUUCCUAAUUGAUGAAUAUGAAAAAAUGAUUAGGGACAUUAUAAAAACGAAUAUAUUGAAUAAAAAUUAUAAGAAUAUAAAAAAUGUGUAUUUAAAAAAAAUUGUUAACUUUUUAAAUUUGUCCGACGAAAAAGCAGCGGACGUUGAAAUGAGGUGCAUUUUUUUGCAGACUUAUGAAAUAUUUUCCGCAGUGAAGGAGAAUUUUUACAUUUACAGGAGUGACUCCGAUUUUGUCAGUAACAUUAACGAGAUUCUCACGAUAUAUAGAAACUUCGAUCUGAUUAGGUCCAAGGGGCAGCAGUACUAUGUCAAGUUUUCCCUUAUCGAGUCUAAUUACAAUUUGCUCCAUCGCAUUAUCGAGCGCUAUGUUCUUUACGUCAUUGACUUGAUCAACGACGAAAACAGAUCCCUCUACAAGGAGAAUAUUUUCCUACUCGCCACAAUUUUUCGCGUCAGCCCUGGGAUCAUCGAUGAUAUUGCCACGCGGAUAUACAAGAAAUACAUCGAAGGCCAAGACCUCCACGCCAUGAACAACAUGGAUGCCUUCUUCAGCUUCCUCUUCAACAUGGACAAAACGAGGCAGUGCGAAAUAGUCCUGGAGCACCUGAGAAAGAAGGUAGACACCCACUUAGCCUCCGGCGAAGGGUUCCAGGAGAGGAUGCAUAAAUUGUAUGACGUGAUUUUCUUCAUAAAUAACAACUUGCAGCUAAGGAAGAACAUUUUCGAGGUGUCCUCGGCCGAUGCGGAGGCUGUGUAUGCUUUCUUAACUGCCUGCGUGGAGGAGUAUCUGCAUGCCAAGAAGACGGAGGCGUUCAUUUCGGAGCACCGUAAGUUCCCAGCGGGCUGCGAGGUGGAUAGCGGCGUGGAUAACAACGCCGAUAAGAGCUUGGACAGCAGAAUACACAAUAGCGAUUACCUAAACCACUUGAACAACUGUCUGAGCAAAAUCAAGACACUCAUAAAAGGGGAUCAAGAAAAUGUGCACAUGAGUAACGUCAUGAAUGUUUUGAAGAAUACCAUCCUCAGAAAAGCCAUUGCCCUUUUAGACAAGUUCCAAUACGACAUGUGCGUAGAAGAGAUUUACAACUUGAUCAAACUGCAGAUGGUCGAUAGCAGCAGUAACUUCGCAGAUGUGGAUAUCGAGAAGAGGAAAAAACUGGUAAACAUAUUUUCCUACCAAAACAUUAGCGAUGAGAAGAAGUUCCUCUACAUGGACAUUUUGAACAAGUAA